AUGACAAACAUACAUGAGAGAAAUCAAAUGAACAUCACGGAAUUCAUCCUCCUGGGAUUUGGGGAUCUCCCUCAACUUCAUAUUCUUCUUUUCCUGGUGUUUCUAGUGAUCUAUGCUGUGACUGUGGCCGGGAACAUCCUCAUCAUUGUGCUAGUUGUGAUGGAUCAGCACCUUCACACCCCCAUGUACUUCUUCCUGGGGAACUUGUCCUGCUUGGAGACCUGCUACACCUCCACUAUCCUGCCCAGGGUGAUGGCCGGUCUCCUGACUGGGGACAGAACCAUUUCUGUUACCGGCUGCAUUGCACAAUUAUAUGUCUUUGGUUCUCUAGCAGGCACAGAAUGUUUUCUCUUAUCUGUGAUGUCCUAUGAUCGGUAUUUAGCGAUAUGCAAACCUCUGCAUUAUGCAGCAGUUAUGAAUGGCAGGUUGUGCCUCCAGCUAGUAGUUGGGUUGUGGAUAGGGGGAUUUAUGUCUGUUUCCAUCUUUAUAUUUAUGAUUUCACAAUUAACAUUCUGUGGCCCCAAUGAAAUUGACCAUUUCUUUUGUGAUUUUCGUCCAAUAAUAAAACUCUCCUGUACUGACACCCACAUGGUGGAAGUUGCUAGUUUCAUAUCUUCCUCCAUAUUCACCCUGCCUCCAUUUCUAUUGACGGUGGCAUCCUAUGUUUAUAUCAUUUCUACCAUCCUGCGAAUCCCUUCCACCACCGGGAGGCAAAAGGCCUUUUCCACUUGCUCCUCUCACCUCAUUGUGGUGACAAUUUUCUAUGGGACUCUCAUCAUGGUGUAUUUGGUCUCAGAGUCUGAUGCAUUGAGGGACCUGAACAAAGUGUUCUCUGUCUUCUAUGGAGUCCUGACCCCAUUGCUCAACCACCUCAUAUACAGCCUGAGAAACAAGGAGGUAAAGGAAGCCUUGAGAAAAGCUCUCCUUAGAUUUUUUGUUUUUUAA